AUGCCAUUGCACCAACUGGACAAGGCCCACGCCGCCCUCAAUGAGCUCAACCAGACUGUCGAUGAACUCGAUUUGCUGCACUUGAGUUCAACUUUAACCCUGAGAAAAGGACUCAAUGCUAUCCAACUGGGCGAAGAUGGCCAAACUUUGACCCCCAAAAACACGCCGAAAGGCUCCCCCGUGCAAUCGCGUGCCCAGAAAUCGUCACCCAGAGGAUCUGUGGCAGACGAUACGGAGCACGAGUACGAGUAUGAGUAUGGGCAGCCUGCACCCAGAAUGGCCCAGGGAUUGGGCCGAGGCAAAGGGCGUCUGUCGCCAAGUGAUAUGGAGACAGAGGUGCUCAACGGCCUCGCACGCAGUGCUUUAGGCGCCAAGAGCAGCAGCAACAUGCACCACAGGGACAAGCAGGACGAUACAACAACACACCGCAGCCACAGCAGCGACAACUCCGUCAAUCAUUCGCAUGGGAUAGUGGACGCCUCACACAUUCUCAACGACGGGAGGUUUACACACAGCUUAACACUGCUGAAGGAAGGCUUUCAGGAGUACUAUAUGCACCUGAGCAACAUCAAAAGCUACCAACUGCUCAACACCACGGCGUGUAUGAAGAUACUCAAAAAGCACGACAAGAACAGCGAUGUGAAGCUGAAAGAGACUCUGCUGCCGAUGAUCAAGCAAAUGCCCUUCGCUAAGCCUGAGAUAUGCGAUACACUCAUAGGCAACAUGGAGGGUAUAUAUGCCGAUAUUUUCCACCGGGGCGAUCGAGCAGUUGCACUCAGGCGGCUGCAGCCAUCCAAGAUAGCGUCGCAUAAACAGGUCAAGGUGUGGCGCGUGUUCCGCCUGGGCCUAUACCUGGGCGUCAUUCUGAUGAGUUUUAUGGCGUCAAUCAUCAAUGUGGCUGGCCGUGACUCCCACGACGUCAUCCCCAAAUACGAAACCUCUGUGUGGCUGAUGUUUAGGGGCCACGUGCAGAUGGUUCUGCUCAUUUGGCUGUUCGGUAUCAAUGUGCUCGUGUGGAAUAGAGCAGGCGUUAACCACCAGUACGUCUUCGAGUUCCAUCCAACAAAGUACUUGACCUUCCUGGACUUUUUUGUAG